AUAAAACAGAAUGGCGUGUGUAUGUGUGUAUUUGCAGCGGUGUGGUUUAUUCUGCAAAGGUUGGUGAAUCAGUGAAGUCGAAGUCUUUCCCGUCAAGAUUCACAUUCGCAAAGGUGUAGCAGUCAACCAUAGCCAUGGAUGAAGCUGAAUUUCAACGCCUUCUCCAACUCUUCCCUUCUGUUCGUUCUCGCGAUUACAUCGAAGAAUCAUCAUCAUCAUCAUCAUCCAGACAAUUGACACCUGGAUCUGGAUCUCGAUCUGCACAGGAGGAGCUAAAUGAAUGGCAUGAUGCAUGGAAUGAAAAGGAUAAGGAUUUUGAGAAUCAAGGAAUCAACAAACAUGAUUCAUUUUGGAACAAGCUAAAGUCAGAGGCUGCUAAAAAGGUUGGUACAGAAGAAGCAGAGAGAUUUUGCAAGGCGUUCCAACAAAUUCAUAAGAGACUAGUCAACGAAGAGUUGAGUUUAGAUGCUGCUCGAAAAUUGGUAAACUCAUCCUAAGAUUGCAGAGAGUUACAAGCAGUCAUGCGGCAUUUUCUUGUGAUUCAAAAAAUUGUAAUUCAUUUGCAUUGUAUCAAAGUAAGUUUAUCUGUGACAUUUUGAGUAGUAAAGUUGCUGUGGGAAAUCUAAGACUAGUGAUUGUAUUGGAAUUGUAUAAUGUAUAAUGCAAAUGUGGGAGCUUCUUUCUUCAUACACUGAA